AAACAAAUUUUCAUUUUGCUUAACAUUUUUCGUUUUUCGUCGAUUAAUAUUUAACAAGUAAUUGCACAUUUAAAAUAACUAAGAUGGCCAGUGAAGUCGAAGAUACAUUAAAACGCAUCCAAUCUUACCGUGGAGUUAUCGGUACUAUUGUAGUCAACAAUGAAGGUUUGUAUUUUUUUGUAUUAAAUCUUUUGCACAACCAGGUACCUAUUACACAUCUGUUUCUUAAUUAUUAAAUUAUUCAUAUAAAAUUAAUCAUCAUACGAUUAACACGGACAAUAUUUAUUUUAGGCAUUCCAAUAAAGUCUACUUUAGACAACUCGACUUCUGUUCAAUAUGCUGGUUUGAUACAACAAUUGGCCGACAAAGCCAGAAGCGUAGUCAGAGAUUUGGAUCCAUCAAAUGAUUUGAUGUUUUUACGGAUGCGUACUAAAAAACAUGAGAUAAUGGUGGCACCAGGUAAAUUACAUUAGAUAUUAAUUAAUUUAAAUUAAACAAAUUCUUGACUUUUUCUCUAUUACCAAAAAUAAAAAUGAUAAGUUGAUCAAGACAUAUUUUUAAAAAUAAUUGGUUUUUAAAAAUCUAAAAUUGUGAUUACUUAUAAUUUAAAAAAAUAAUAGGUUCUAUACUUAUUUAAAUUGAAUAAAUUUAAUUUUCUAUUGUUGGCUGAUAUUCUAAAAUGAUAAAGGUUAAAGAUUCAUAGGGGUAUGGUAAAAUGUAUUGUGUCUAAUGUACUUGAAUAUAUUUUAAACUUAUAAAUAAUUUAUUUAAAAGAGUUCUAAGUAGGUUCUGUAACAUUAAGGUAAAAUACUGGGUAUCAUACUUACUUUUAUAGUUUUUGUACAUACACCUUGACAAAUAUCAGUUUUUGAAUUAAUCCAAAAUGUGGUCAAAAAUAGACAUUUUUUUCAUUAUUAUUAUUUGUAGUUAUUGAUAUUUUGGUAACAAAGUUUUUUUUAUUGAAAUCAGAAUAAGUCUAUUUGGCUUAGUUUUAGAAUUACAAAUGUUCAAACCCGCCUUGUUUUGCUGCGCACACUCGAACCAUUUUAAUCAAUAAUUGAAAAAAAUGUCUAUUUUUGAUCACAUUUUGGAUUAAUUACAAAAAUUAUAUUUUUCAAGGAUUAUGUACAAAAAUUAUAAAAGUAAGUAUGAUAGGUAAGUUUUGAUUAUACUAAUAGAUGAGACAUUGAAAAACACCCAUUUUGACUAAAAAAAAUAAUUUGAAAAUGUUAAAUUCUAACGCGAUACGAAAAACCCAAAUUUUAAGAAAUUUUUCCCCAUAACUUCCAAACAUAGUUUGUGUGACUUUUUUUUAUAUUUUUAAUGUACACUUAAAAACAUACAUUUUGAAAAUAAAAUGUGGGAGCUAAACAUGAAUCGUUCCUAAGUACCUACUACAAAUAUUUUUAUUUGAAUUAAAUGUUUACAUUUUUGGUAAAAACGAAAAAGAAUCUUUUAUUUUAUUAUUUUCAAAAAAUUUGAUGAUGGACAUUUUAAUCAUUUUUUAAAGUUCAGAGAAAAGUACUUAUAAAUACUAUAUUAGUAUAAUCACAUGCUUUAAUCACAUUUCCUAAUUGAUUAUUAUUAUUAUUAUUAUGGCUAAUUGAUUGUAUACUUUUUUCACUGUUGUACUACAAAUCAAAGGUUAUUUUCAAUUAAAAUAGGGUCUUUAAGGACACACAAAAAGAUUUUACUUGGUUUCACUAAUAAAUGGAAGGGAAUUAUGGAUUUUUUACAUAUUAAAGCAAUCAAAAUAUCUAAAAUAUUGAAAAAAAAAUUGUAGGUUAUUAGGUUCAAACUUGGAAUUUGUAGAAUGACAUCAGUUGUAUAUUAUUUCUAAACUACAAUUAACAUACUAUAAUAAUAUCUUGUAAUAUUGAGUUAUUUAACAACUCCAGUUGGUGAAAGAAUGUUACUCCUUGCCGCAUCUAAAUGAAAGAGCUCUAUGGUUUCGUGUCAAAAUUUCUCCAACUCUACUCCCAACUCGCAGUGGGAAUUUUUUUGUGAGACGAGUUUUGGUCGCUGCCCAGUAACGGUCUCUCGUGACUAUAGUAUUCGAAUUUCAAAUGGUUAUAACUUCAAAACUAAUAAUUUCUGAAUAAUUUUUGGCACUAUCAUUUUCAAAAAGUUUAAAUAUAUAGGUUUCUAAAAAAUACACAAAAUGUUAAAGGGGUUGCUAAACUAGAUUAGUUCCAAGAACACUGCCUAUUAAACAUGUGUGGUACUUAUAUUAAACAAAUGCAAAAACGGGACAGUUUUUAUAAUAUUAUUUACUCAUUAUAAACAUAAAUAUACAUACACUAAGUACAUAUUAUUUUAAGAAAGUAAAUUAUAUAAUUACAAAGAAGUCAUGAUAAAUAAUAUUAAAAAUAUUAUUUUUAAAAAACUACAAGUACAAUAAAUUUAAUUUAAAACUUUGUUAUUCGUUCAUGUUGAUAAUAUGAAUUUUCAAUAAUAAUUCACAGUUCGCUCCUUUUUGGAAUGUAAAAUGUCAAACAAUAUUUAAAUCUCAUUAAAUAUUAUAACAUUUUAAAUUUAAUUUGUCAUAACUAGUUUUUGAAUACAUUUUUUCAUACUACAUACUAAGUACUUGUAUGUUUAUAAUAUGUACUAUAAUGUAUAUGUACAUAAUAGUACAAAAUUGUCACAUUCUGGAGUUUUAUAUUUUAAUUAUUUGUCCUAUAAUAUGAAUUAAAACCAAAAAGAAAGCUUAGAAUUUAAUAUUUUUAAAACAUGUUUUUACAAAAUAUUUAGUCUGUGAUGCUAAAUUUAUUAGUAAAAUCAAAAUUUAUCUAUCAUAAAUACUCUUAAAGUGUUUGUAUGUAAACCUUAAAUUAUAGCAUUUUUGGAAUUAAUUCAAAAAGGAUUUGAAAUAUUGUUUAAUUGCCUAGGUUCCUCUGGUGAGGUUUAAGUAUAAACUUAUUCUUUGAUCCAUGAGAGAUAGCAACUUUCUCUCUGGUCCAUCAAAUCAAAUAAAAUCAAUGAUAAUGAUUCCCUUUGUCUUAAUCCUGUAGUUACCUGAGAUGUUGAUGAAUUUCCUACGUGUACUUUUAUUUCUGUUCAAAAUGCUUUUAUGAGAUUAACUAUUUUUAGUGGGAAACUAAAUUGUUCAAAUAUAAUACAAACUAAAAAUUCCACAUAAAUGCAGUUGUAGGUCCUCUUAAAUUCAAUUAAUACACUUCUUUAUUGAAUUCUUGUAUUUUUUGUAGAAUUAGCCUUAAUAUGAAUAUUUGGUCACAGAUUUCUUAUUCCUAGACACCAAGUUAUUCCUCUACCCAUAGUCUGACUCUCUAAAAUGCAAUUAAACAAUAUUUUGUACGUGGAAUUGUCUAUUGCAAUAUCUCUGGAAUUGUUGCACAUUAGACUAUUUUGAAUAAUUUUGAAUUUAUUUUUUUUUACAGAUAAAGAUUUUAUUAUGAUAGUCAUUCAAAAUCCAACAGAAGCACAAUCAUAAAGUUGAAAUUUCAAAGAUAAAAAAACAUGCACAUUUAUCUUGCUUUGAAUUACACUGACAUUAGCAUUUUGUAAAUAACUAUUAGCUAAUCACAAAAUAUUAUUGUAAAUAGGUACUCAAUUAUUUUUUGAUGAAUUUAUUCACCUUAUAAUAUAAAAUAUUCUUAUCUAUUUAAAAUUUAUAAAAUUUAGCUUAUUUAAUAUUUUUUCAUAUAAUUUUCUCACUUUAUGGUGAUUUUUUAAUUUUUUACUGCAUAGAAAUAUAAUAUAUUUUGAUUAAUACUGAGAACAAGGCUCAAAGAUAAGCUGUAUGAAAAUAAUUGAAAAUUGCAAUAUUAUUUUACUUUUAACUUUUAAGUUUUUAUCAUAUUUUAUUAAUGAUAAAUUAUUUUUAUAAGUAUUAGAUUAUUUAUUAUUAUUGUUUAUGAGUGUUAUUUUCAUGAUUCAACAGGCUUUAUUUGUUUGUAACAUGAAAUACUUGAGAUAUUGUUUUAUUUUAUACUGGCCAGAAUUUACUGUCCUCGACUGGGAUUUUAAUUUCUUUAAUCCACCAAAUCUCCAUUUUAAUUCUGUAGUUUUAAUCUUUUACCAUUAAAAAGGAAUGUGGUACCUUAGGUAUUAGGCCAAGAUAUUAUUUUGUAUACCAGGUAAUUUUAUAUUAUGAUGUUCCACAUUUGUUUUUUUUUUUUUUUAUUAUUAACAUCAAUUAAUGUUUGUUGUAAUUAGAAAAAGCAAUGAAACAAAUUGUAGAAAAUAAAUAAUGUUGUUUUCCUAUUAUGUGAAGUACAAUAUCCUACUCUCUUUCACAAUUAUUAAUAUUAUUUUUUUUUAAUACAAUUUAUUAAAUUAACACAAUCAAUGAAUUUCUUAUUUUUUACUUAUUUCUUAUUAUAUAAUAAAACACAAUAUUUUAACAUUUAUUAUAACAACAUUAUUUAUAAUAUUAUAAUGUCUAUUAAAUAUUAUGUAAUCCUUAAAAAAAAGAGACAUACUUCCCACGUAGGUGCAGCCAGUGUUGUAGGUGAGAAUUUGAGAAGGUAGUAGAGGCGAAAUUUAAUGUAUAUCUGUAAGCAACAAUAAACCAUUGCUAAGGAAAAAUGAUUCUGAACGGAGUUUAGUUGAUAGUGUUGUUUUAUCAACAAUAUAUAUGCCAUAUUAUGGUAAAAUUAAAAAUAAUUACAUAGGCAUUAUAUAUUUUCUUUAAUAAUAUAUAUUUAAUAUUGCACUUAUUUUCACGGUUUUUUAAUUUUUUGCCGUUUUUGCCACUUAUUGGAAAAACUGGAAAAAUCGAUAAAUUACCUCUUUAAAGUACCCUCACAGUCAGAUUUCCUUUUAAAAAAAAUUGUGUCAUUGUAAAUCAGAGCAAAUUUUCUGGUAGAAAAGUUACACAUAGAUAAAAAAACAAAAAACAUCUUUAUAAAACCAUAAGCUUCUUUGCUCUACUCAGAAUCUAAAAAACUAAAGUUGAAAAAAGGCUAAGUCCUGGACCUCCUUACACAAAAGGCUGCCUAUAAAAGUAGUGAUAUGAUAUAGUUAUAUUUGCUAUCCACCACUUAAUUAGUGUAAAAUAAUAAAACCCCUUUGAAAUUAUGUAUAAAUAUUAUAUUAUAUUUUAUUUGUUUUAUAAAAACAUUAUUUUAACAAGUUUUUAAAAAUAAGUUUCACAAUAGUUC